UUAUAUCUCUAUCACCUUGUUUUGUUAUUAUAUAAAGCCUGAGUUCUACCUUUGCUUCAAAGAUCAGAACUUUAAAGUUGGGUUUAUCUGGAAAUUGGGAAACUCAUUUUCUUUAUUUUUCUUAGCCAAGAAAAUGGGAACAUUCCAUGUUCUUCUUCUCUUUGUUUUCUUCAGUUUCUCUUUGUUCCAUGGAGGAUUAUCCAGAGCUGUUAAAGCUAAAUCCCAAGGUGGAUCAGAAGAAGAAUGGGGCUAUGUUCAAGUUAGACCAAAAGCACACAUGUUUUGGUGGCUUUAUAAAAGUCCUUACAGAGUUGAACAGCCUUCAAAGCCAUGGCCAAUCAUUCUUUGGUUACAAGGUGGACCUGGUGCCUCUGGUGUUGGAAUUGGAAACUUUGAGGAGAUUGGGCCAUUAGACACUGAUUUGAAGCCAAGGAAUUCCACUUGGUUGAAGAAGGCUGAUCUUCUAUUUGUGGAUAAUCCAGUGGGAACAGGGUACAGCUUUGUGGAAGAUACAGAGCUGUUGGUGAAAACUGAUGAUGAAGCAGCAACUGAUUUAACUACUUUGUUGAUGGAAUUAUUCAAUAGAAAUGAAAGCCUUCAAAAGAGUCCUUUGUACAUUGUGGCUGAGUCUUAUGGAGGCAAGUUUGCUGUCACUGCUGGAUUAUCAAUUCUAAAAGCCGUUGAUGAUGGGAAAUUGAAGCUAAAACUUGGAGGGGUUGCCUUGGGAGAUAGUUGGAUAUCACCGGAGGAUUUUGUUUUUGCUUGGGGGCCGCUUCUUAAGGAUGUUUCCAGGCUAGAUAUCAAUGGCCUGAAAAAGUCAAACAGUCUAGCAGAGGAGAUCAGCCAGCAACUCAAAGAUGGUCAGUAUACUGAUGCAACAAAUACUUGGAGUCAACUUGAAUCAGAAAUUGGUGCCAACAGCAACUCAGUGGAUUUCUACAAUUUUCUUCAGGAUGCUGGGAUGGGGCCUGUAGCUUUAACAGCUUCAGAAUUCUCUAAUGGGUUUUUUUCAGUCAACAGAUACUCAAGGUAUUUGAGUUCCUUGAGGGUUUCACCAGGAAAUGGUGAGGGUGACCUUGAUAGUUUGAUGAAUGGGGUCAUCAAGAAAAAGCUUAAGAUCCCAGAUAAUGUCACAUGGGGAGGGCAGUCGGAUUUGGUUUUCUCAUAUUUGGCAGGUGAUUUCAUGAGGCCAAGAAUUGCUGAGGUUGAUGAGCUACUUUCAAAAGGAGUUAAUGUCACUAUCUACAAUGGACAGCUUGAUGUGAUCUGUGCAACAAAGGGAACUGAAGCUUGGGUUGAUAAGCUCAAGUGGGAAGGACUUCAAGAUUUUUUAAGCACUGAAAGGAGUCCUCUUUAUUGUAAAGAAGAAGUCACAAAAGGGUUCCACAAAUCAUACAAAAAUCUGCAAUUUUUCUGGAUCCUUGGUGCUGGACACUUUGUACCUGUAGAGCAGCCCUGUGUAGCUUUAGACAUGGCUGGUGCAGUCACACAAUCACCAGCUGCUGCUGAAGCUUCUUAACCCCAAAACAGACAAAAAGACAAACAAAAAAAACGAAAGAUUUGAUGGGAUUGGUUGCCAUUUCAAUAAAAAAAAGA